AUGCAAUGUCACUGGGAGGAUCACGUAUUCAAUUUCAAACUUUGAUGUAGUCAUAAAUAUAAUUCUGUCUUAGCUUAGCGCGUAGAGCAAAAUCCAUAUUACUUUUUCUACGAGGUGGCAGAGUCCCGUGUGGGUGUGCAUCAUGAUAGUACAGUUUCUAGUGUGCUUAGUGCCUACUUCUCGUACAAUGUUUUCUCUUUGCUCUGCUUUUUGUCGUACUAGGAAAUUACACCAAGAAACCUUCUAGAUGCUUUUGUCCUUCUAAGAAAAUCAUUUCUUUGUGGACCAACCUGAAACACCAGCUUCGUAUGGAGAUAGCUGCCGGAGUAACACGACGGGAAGAGCAGACGCUACUACGGAUUCGAUGGAUAGCAGUGUUGAGGUUACGAGUCUAGAAAAAGCAUCUCCCAAGUCAUCUGCAGGAGAAGAAAAAGGAACUAGCUAGAUGAUCUCUCUGUGAGAGCACUGCACUUUCCCUUUUGAUGUUCUUACUUCACUGUCACGACUAACAUGUUAUGAUGAUCUCUCUGUGUGAUGAUCUCUCUGUAUGAUGAACUACCUAGAUGAUCUCUCUGUGAGAUGCAUUGCCUAUACCUCUAAUGAGGGCGGUCCCAGAUUUGCUCAGCGUGUCUUCCAUCCAGCUAUUACACGGCCAAGCAAUGUCCCGACUUUGGACCUCCAAAACCUGCCACCAGAAGAGUUAAGUUGUUCUUUCUAAUAUUGUAAUGAUAUUGGUGUUUUAAUAUCCAAGGUAGAUCAUAAGGUAAACUGAAAAAACUAAUACUACUUUUUUGAGCAGCUAAAAAAUAGUAAGCAGUUUUUUUUUGAUGCAGUGAAAAAACUAAUACGCAGUCUUCUAAGAAGAGACGACUACGGUGAAGACGAGGAUGACGUGGAAGAGGCAGAAGAAGGAGAGGAGAUUCAAGAUGGAGAUUACGAAGAACAUGGAGACACUUACAGUUUGGAAGCAGAUGGAGGACAUGUACAGUUUGGAAGUUAAGGCUUGCCUGUUAGUUCCCCUCAUCGGUCUUCGUAAGUAUCCAUUUCAUCUUUAGAGAAGCCUCCCCUAUUGCUUGGUGCAUCCUCAGAGAAGGCAUCUUCUUGAUAGUAGAGACGUUAAUGAUUUACAUAAUACUAGACGUGAAUGAUACUAGACGUGAAUGAUACUAGACGUGAAUGAUACUAGAUGUAUUAAAUAGCCGCUUAGGUGAUCUAUCAAAUGGAUUCUUAGCUGAUCAUCGAGUAAGGAUCGCAACACGAAGCGUACACAUGACAUAGAUCUAUUAAAUAGACGAGACGUUUUCUAGUUGCCGCAGCGGUCUCAAUCUCAAGAUGGAUAGCGGUGAGCUCUAAGAUGGAGACCAUGGGGGUUAUCAUGGUGGUUACUAUCAUGACGAGCAAGAGGGCUACUACAAUUACGAUCAUAAUGGCGAAGGCGAACAAGGAGAGAUGA